AUGUGCCUUCAGGCUAUCCGCGAGAAGCCUAUCACACUUCGGGUGAAGCGACAAGAGUGUAAGUGUAUUCGCAAUCCACGAAGUACUGGAGGAAUGACGUGCAGCUGCGCUCAGCCGAUGUCGGCUCAAGCGCCAACGGAAGCACUGCAACAAACUGAAGUGGCUCAAGCUCUUUCUGAUAGCGUUCAGGCACAUCCAUCACGAGGGCAAAACCAAGCUCGGUGCGGAUGCGUGCAAAUUGUCUACCUCGGCACAGCACAGUAUCAAUGCCAAUGCGGAGAAGCUCCAACGACUACAACAACCACUAUGGCACCCACAACUCUUCCACCUACCACUCCUCCCCCACAAUACCCGACGGCACCGACCGACGGCCAGGGACAGUGCCAGUGCAUUAUGAUCCAAAUUUCGGGACCAACCUCAGCACAAUAUCAGUGUAACUGUAAUGGUAAUCAAAACUACCCAUCUUUGGUCAACGAUGCUCCCGUUGUCACUUCCCCUCCUGAGAUCACCGAGACUUACCCUCCAGUUACGUAUCCACCUGAGACGCUCGCUACAGAGGCUCCGCCAAUGAUUGCAGACGCAGUGCCAUAUCAACAGGCUGCACAGUAUCCACUCACUACCAAUUGUGUGAUGUACGUGGGUGUGCCGGUCUCGUCUUGCGUUUGUCUACCUCAGUACGACCCAUGUGCUCAGAACAUUUGCUGUCUGAAGGCGAAAUUCCGAAGUCACAAGGCUGUCGCCACGCAACGUAACGCAGAGCCAAGCACCGUCGACAUGCUCAUGAAUAUCUUGAAAAAGAUCAAGACCAAGCUCAACGACUGA